AGGGUGAACUUCGGCCAAGCAAAGAGAGAAAAGAGAAAAUAUUUGAAUUCCCAAAUAUUAAUAUUUUGUGUAGAAAAUUGAUAUAAUAUUUUCUUUAAAAUAUUACUGAUAUAUUUUCUACUAUUUAAUAUACAAGAUUAAUAUUAUCCCUCUUAAAUCUUUAUAUUAAAAAUACUAUUAUAAUCUUUACUAGCAUAAAGAUUGUAGUAGACUCCAGAGAUUGUUCGUGUGUCAAAGUUGGAGGCCGGAUGCUUGAACGGCUACGUUUGCUCCUUCAACACCUUUUGCUCGACUUCUCGUUCAUACCGCUUUACCGGAGAAGUUUAUUUGAUUAUAAUACGGCCUGCGUGUCGUGCCUUAUCUCUUAAACUCUCGUUGUAAAUCUAUUUCUCUCUCUUACCUCAACCGAGGAUUCUUUUCUCACGUGGUCGUUAGAAGAUAAAAGAUUUGAUGUCCGUUCAAGAGAAUCUAAAGGAAUGGAGAUAGCCCGAAGUCCAAGAACCUGGAAGUCAGUGGGAGCUAUCGUUUUAUUUUUCCUUUAGGGGCCACAAUCAUUACACGUUUAUUUACAGCGUAUUUUGAAUGCAUGUGAAUGUAUGUUUUACGCUAGUAAAUUGACACGUGCGCGGCAUGUGUCGUAGGUGAGAUCGUAAAAUUUAAAAUCCCUCAAAAUAUUAAGUCUGUAUUGCCUUCCGGCGCCCGGCACCUUUCCGGCUAACGUGCAUUGUCACGUACUCAGCCCUAGCAGAGCGUAGUACGUUGUAUGUUAUGCUGGUCACGGGAAUCACUUAAGUGGUCAUUGUCAGACGUUGGGUUAGACUUAACUGAGUCUCGGUUAAAUGGAUGGAUGACUCAGAGGCGGGUUUUGUUGGGGUCACUAUACUGACAAGUCGAAUUACUUUACUCACUCAUCCAGCCAGAAGUUGGGUCUCUAUGACUUAAUUGGGCUUGGCCCUAACUAAAGUAGUUGUGCAUGUGGUACGUGCCAAAGCCAAUCACAUGUAUAAUGAAACGGUGUUCUGGUCCGUUAGUAGUAUUGUCGUUCGCCCAACACAAGACCAAGAACUGUGAGCGCGGCUCGACAGUUGGAACUAUGUUCCUACCUAAAUAGUUAAAUUCUAGGUACGAACCUCAGGUCAACUGAAUUUAAUGAUAUAUGGAUCUUGGCCCAUUAAGAGAAUCUCUAGGAGAAUCUCUGAAUCAACAUUGAGGGUUGUUGAUGGCAUCGAAUAACACGUACAGUCAUUCCAUCAACCUGCGCUAUAUCCUCGAGAGCCAAAAACUCUCUGGGGAAAACUUUCUUGACUGGGAGAAGAACCUCCGAAUCGUUCUUGACUAUGAGAGGGAACUCUACAUCCUCGAAACAGAUCCUCCCAAGACCCCUGCGGCUAAUGCUCGUGCGUCCGAACUCACUUCCUUCAAGAAGUAUGAGGACGACGCGCGAGAUGUUAAGUGUAUCAUUAUGGCCAGUAUGACCGCGGAGCUCCAAAGGCUCCACGCGGACAUGGAAGUGCGUCCUAUGAUACAACGCUUGAGAGACCUUUACCAGGGUCAACCCCAAAACUCAGAUAUUUACGUUAUCGAAGUCAAUAUGUCUGAUUUCACCUCUUGGGUGAUGGAUACCGGAUGUGGUUCCCACAUCUGUACUUCAAUACAGAAUCUGCAUGAAGUUAGACAUUUGACUGAGGGAGAAGUCCAGCUUAAGGUCGGAAAUGGAGCACUUGUCAAUGCGCUGGCUGUAGGAACUUAUGUUCUAUCUCUCCCUAGUGGCUUGUUGUUGCAUUUAAACAAUUGCUUGUUUGUACCUGCCAUUAGCAGGAAUAUCAUUUCUGUGUCCUGUCUUGACAAAGCAGGAUUUUCUAUUAACGUCAAAGACAAGUGCCUUUCGGUUUUCAGAAAUGAUAUUUACUAUGCAACUGCUAAGAUGACCAAUGGUCUUUAUAUCUUAGACUUAGACGCCACUGUUUAUAACACUUGGUUGAGCGAGAACUUCGCCAUGAAGGACUUGGGGAAUGCUAGUUAUGCCCUUGGCAUAAGAAUCUACCGUGAUAGGUCAAGAAAGUUGAUAGGUCUAUGUCAAAGUACAUAUAUAGAUAAGGUCCUUAAUCGAUUUAGCAUGUCUAACUCGAAAAAGGGAUCCUUACCUAUGAUACCUAGCACGGCUCUUUCCAAGAGCCAGAGUCCUUCUACUCCCGAGCAGAAGGAACUCAUGAUGAAGGACACAACCGCCGAUUCAACUACAGAGGCUGAGUACAUGGGUGCUGCUGAAGCAGCAAAGGAAGGUGUUUGGAUAAAGAAGUUCAUUUUUGAACUUAGAGUGGUUCCUAGCAUUAAUGACCCAAUCCCGUUGUUUUGCGACAACACUGGGGCCAUUGCACAGGCAAAGGAACCACGAUCUCACCAAAAGACCAAGCACAUUGUACGACGUUAUCACAUCAUACGAGAAAUCGUAGACAGAGGUGAUGUAGAGAUUUGCAAAGUAGGAACAGACGACAACAUAGCCGACCCCCUGACCAAGCCCUUGGGAAAGUGGACAACUGCUGUUGGCCAUAGUGCAAGUGGGAGAUUGUUGGAGUUGGUGCCCUUAUGGCCAACUGCUGUUGUAAUAUCUUAGUGAUUUUCUAUCAUGUAAAGGCAGAUGCAUUAAGUUUACAAACAUCUCAUGCUAAUGUAAACUCUUAAUUGCAUUCCUAGAAUUAUAUUAUAAGAUGCUUAUCAGAAUGAGUCUUCUGAUGUUGAGACUGACAUCUUGUCACUUAGUAUAAAGUAUAAUUCUAAAUGGUCUAUAGUCGAAGCAUUAACGAGAGCAGGAUAUCGUUAAUGCGCGUGAGACUAGUGAGAGUUAGAUGUUUGACCUAGUCUCUUGGUCAAUGACGGAGUGUUCGCAUCUACUCUUGGGCAGAUAUUAUCGUUAAUAAUAGGAUGCCAGACCUGACCCACCUUAAGGGCAUUGCCUAGACUUUUAGUCUAUGCUCUAAGUGUCCUUAAUGCGACUAUUGGUAUAACGAUCCUCAGACUUGAAGUAUUACGUUCUUUGAAUGUGUGAACCCGCAUGCUUUGAUUCAUUGUCCUAAGCCGUAUGAAAUAAGGAUGGUACACAGGCUUUGUAUUGGGCAUGCCGCUGCACGUAUUCGAAGACGUAGAUUAUGUACAAAGAAUUUGUCACUGCUACUCAAGCAGAAUAAUGUCUUGUAGGGGCCCACUGAUAAGUAUGACUGAAGAAAUGCAUGGCCAUGCUGAGAUGAGUUUAGACAUCUGUUCUCAUCAGUCACACUUGUUAAUCAGUAAAUAACUUAAUGGCUACAAGUUGGAUAUUUUAUGUCCCUUGCACUAAGUUAAGACAUUGGGACAAAAGGAUCUACGUUAUACAAAGUCUUAGUCGUAGAAAGGUUUUGACGGAGCAAACGUCUGAACUUAUAAUCUGGGGGUAAUAAUGUGUUGUUAGAUACCGCUUAUUACUUAUAGUAUUGGUGUAGAGUCAUUACUUUGGCCAGUUUUAUAAGUGCCUAUAUGGGUCACACACUUUGGACAAUUUAAAGAGUAGGAUUAUAAGAAGGGAU